AUGUCUGCUGCCGUCGAGAAGGUUUCCGAAGCCGUCAAUGACGUUACCAAUGCUCUGAGCAAUGCCACUAUCUCCGACAAGGCCGCCGAUAAGCCUGCCGCCAACAACGAUGCCGUCCUCGCCAGCGCUGCUGAGGGACGCCGUCUGUACAUCGGCAACCUGGCCUACGCGACAACGGAGGGGGAGUUGAAGGAGUUCUUCAAGGGUUACCUUGUUGAGUCCGUCUCCAUUCCCAAGAACCCUCGCACCGACCGACCUGUUGGCUACGCCUUCGUCGACCUCUCCACCCCUUCCGAGGCCGAGCGCGCCAUCUCUGAGCUUUCCGGCAAGGAGAUUCUCGAGCGUAAGGUCUCGGUUCAGCUUGCCCGCAAGCCUGAGCCCGCUGGAGAGAAGACCGAGGGUGCCAACGGUGAGGGUGCUGGUGAGGGUAACCGCCGCCGCGCCUCCGGUCGUGGCCGUGGACGUGGCCGCGGCCGUGGCGGUCGUGGUGCCCGCGGUGGCCGCAACGAGGAUGGCACUCCCAUCGAGGGUGCUGCCGCCGAGGUCCCUGCCGGCGCUCCCGCUACCUCUGAGGUUCUGCCUCUGACCGAUGCCACCAACAAGGAUGCCGCCAAGACCCAGAAGGCCGGCGAGUCCGCUGAGGCUCGUGCCCCCCGUGAGCGUCGCGAGCGUGGCCCUCCCGCCGAUGGCAUUGCCUCCAAGACCAAGGUCAUGGUCGCCAACCUCCCCUACGACCUGACCGAGGAGAAGCUCAAGGAGCUCUUCGCCGCCUACGAGCCUUCUUCCGCCAAGAUCGCUCUCCGCCCCAUCCCCCGCUUCAUGAUCAAGAAGCUUCAGGCUCGCGGCGAGCCCCGCAAGGGCCGUGGCUUCGGCUUCGUUACCCUCGCCUCUGAGGAGCUUCAGCAGAAGGCUGUUUCCGAGAUGAACGGCAAGGAGAUUGAGGGCCGCGAGAUCGCCGUCAAGGUCGCUAUCGAUAGCCCCGACAAGACCGACGAGGAGGCCAACGCCCCCAAGGAGGAGACCAAGGCCAACGGCACCCAGGAGGCUGCCACCGAGGCCGCGGCUGCUCCUGCUGCUGCCGAGACCCCGGCUGCCGCUCCCGCCACCACCGCCUAA